AUGACGAAGACAACAAUCCUAGGCGUUACUAUUAUCUUGUGUACACUGCUGCUUAUCAACCGCACCAGUGAGUUUAAAUAUGUUUGGAAAAAUAACUAUACAUUUGUUCAUUCGAAUGGUAUGUUUCCAGUGAGAGAGAUUUUACUUUAUGAUAUUGAAAGAAAAAUGUCCCCAGAAUCAAAACCCGAUAACGAGUACAGAAUGAGAAAUGGACAUUUGAAGAUUAAUCCUGAAACAACGAAAAAUAGUCCAAGUUCUUGGGUGGACAACUGGAUAGAGGUUACUUCUAAUUUACAUAUUUACUCAGCUUAUUUAGACAAUCGCCCUUUGGUUCCACAUCAUCCAGUUAUACGAAUAUUUGGGUGGUCCACAUUAGAAGUUACAAAACUUCAAAAUAUGAGAUGCUUAACCAAAGUCAAAUAUUUGGGUCAACAAGCAGAUCUACGAAUAUUCCCAGUUACGAAGGUAGUUAAAAUAGGAUUAACGUCCAAAAGCUUUCUUUGUUCCAUCCCCUUUGGCUAUCACAAAAAAAUACUUUCAGUAUCAUUGUCAUUUUCGAGUUUUCAAAACUCGAAAUGGAUUAAUGUUCACCAUAUACCAAAUUCAAUGAAGCCUGAAGCUCAAGGAAGAAUUGCAGUCUGCACUCCUCCAUUUUAUAACUAUAUAAACGACACCUACUUGCUGGCACAAUUUCUGGCCUUUCAUCAUGUUGUUGGGAUCGAUCACUUCACCUUUUAUGACUUCCAAACAAACCAAAAAAUACGCGACCUGAUUCAUAGGUUAUCUGAGAAUGGAUUCCCUAUUGUUCUCUUGCCGUGGAGUGCUUUCUGGAAAGUUUCAAUUCCUUUAAGUCACUAUCGAGAAGGAGGACAUGCACAUUUAACUCAAAUUCAGGACUGCCUUUAUCGACAUAUGCAUCAUUAUGAAUAUGUUAUUGAUCUUGACAUGGAUGAAUUUCUUGUUCCUUAUGAAAACAAAACAAUAACCCAAAUAUUAUCUAACUUUAGUAGCUGCACUGUUUGCGGUGCUUACAGAUUCAGACAGUCUAUUUUUUGUUUGAAGUUUCCAUCUAUGACAGAUGCGCAUAAUGAUUUUCAGUCACUCAUGACACUUGAGAAGGUAUUUGGAAAACCACUUGGCUUAAAGAACUGGCCAGAUUACUUGAAAUAUAUUGUUCGUCCAGAAACCGUUGUUUAUGGCGGCAUUCAUAAAGUUUGGGAAAUGCUGCCCAAUAAAAGUGAAAUAAAUGUUGACAGAGGCAUUCUAAUUCAUCAUUACAGAAACAUUGUGGUUUGUAACUUUGAGAAAGAGAAAAAUCAGUUGAUUGAAGAUCAUACAAUUCCAGAACUUUAUGGAAAACAGAUGCUACAACUAAUGCAUAAGUGGAAAAAUAUUUUAUAA